CUCUCUUUACUAGUGGCCAUGGCUAUUCUUCUUCAUCCUCACCCAUUUUCUCUCCUCAUUCUUCUUUCUCUCUUUUCUCUUCUACUAAACCCCUCUUCCUGCUUCCAUCCCAAGCUCCUCAACUUCUCCAAGCUUCAAUCUGAUACUGAUUGGUCCCCUGCCGGUGCAACCUGGUAUGGACCGGCCAACGGUGCCGGAAGUGAUGGUGGAGCUUGUGGAUAUGAGGAUGCAGUAGAGAAGGCUCCAUUCUCAGCAAAGGUAUCAGCUGGAGGCCCAUCUCUAUUCAAGUCAGGCAAAGGAUGUGGAGCUUGUUAUCAGGUGAAGUGCACAGGAAAUGAAGCAUGCUCAGGGUCUCCGGUGACUGUGACGAUAACUGAUGAGUGCCCCGGUUGUGUCUCGGAGUCUACUCAUUUUGACCUAAGUGGCACUGCCUUUGGAGCCAUGGCUAAGUCUGGCCAGGAUGAUCAACUGCGCAAUGCCGGUGUCUUGCAGAUACAAUAUAGAAGGGUUGAGUGCGAGUAUCCGGGUACAUCAGUGGUCUUUCACGUGGAUUCAGGCUCCAACUCAAAUUAUUUUGCUUCCCUGAUUGAAUAUGAAGACGGAGAUGGUGACCUUGCAAGAGUUUAUCUGCAACAGGCUCUUGACUCAGACAUGUGGGUUCCCAUGCAGCAGUCUUGGGGUGCCGUUUGGAAACUUGAUUACGGAUCCGAGUUACGGGCUCCUUUCUCAAUCAAGCUGACUGCACUCGAAUCUGGCAAUACCCUUGUGGCCAAAAAUGUCAUUCCAGCGGGAUGGCAGCCCGGAAAAACUUAUCGAUCAGUAGUCAAUUUUAAUGGCUGAGCUUAUUGAGCUCAUCGCUUAUGUAUAUGGUUUACUUUUGAAGAAGAUCUAAUUAUAUUAAAAUGACUUGGUAGACUUUGUUUGGCUUGUUAGAGUCCUAAGAGUUUAUACUCAAAGACAAGUAGGCAAGGCACUCUAAGGAAGUGAAGUAGGGUCGGCAGAUAGCUUCUCCUUUAUUGAAUAAGUCUCCUCUCGAGGCCUAAGCGGGUAUCCUAUCAUAGAGGAGAUAGUAAGUAGGCUUUUACAUCUGUCUCCACUCUCUGCCCAGUAUAUCAAUGAAUGAUCUGAUCGAAUGCUUAUUGAUCCAA